AUGAGGAAGUUCAUGCGCACGCGCGCGGCGUCGCCGCCCCCGCCGCCGCCGCUCCCGCCGCUCGCCAAGACUAAUGGAGUCACCAACGGCGUGGGGUCUGGCCCGCGGCGCGACGACCACUCCACUCUAACCAGGUACUGGGAUGAGCCGGAGGACGGCGAGCUGUGGGAGGACCCGGACUUCCCCGCCGCGCCCGCCAGCCUCGGCGACCGCCGUCUCGCGCAGCGCACAGUCUGGUUGCGACCGCACAAAUACUCAAUGUUCUCCUCAAGCUCGGACGCGAUUUCGGGAGUAAAAGACAUCAACGAGCGCCGCCGCCGCCACCUCGUGGUAGAGCACAGAGAAUUCAUUCAAAAUAAAUUAAAUAUAAUGAAUAUAACGGCAUCUCUUUUUUUAUUAUGU